GGGCGAUGCGGACUGUCCCGCUGGCCGCCUAGAGCUCCUCGCUGGCCUCUGCUCGCGUCUCGUCGCCACCCAGGGCCCCUGCGGACGGGCGGCGGCUGCCCUUCGAGCCCCCUGAGGACCUUGCAGCCGACAGUCCCCGGACGGACCCCUUCGUUCAUGCUGCAGUGCUGCACCGUUUCCGCCAGCGAGAGGGGACUGCGGUCGCGCGAUCGCCAGCACUGCCCAGGAAUCGCUGUCUGCCCCCCGAAGUGUCUUCCAGGAGUUGUGUUGGCCGAAGCUGCCCGAUGUGUGAGCCUUUCCUUCCCAGGGAAGAUGGACUGAGAGAGGCUGCUGCCAGCGGGGGACUGUAUGCGAUUGGGGCGCUGCUGGAUGUGCAAGGAAGCGAUGGGCCAUCUUCCCACCCCAGUCGAGAGCUGCUGAUGUGCCCUGGUUACUCUUAGACGAUGCGCAGUUUGUUAUAAUUGGCAAAAAAAAUUUUUGGGGGGGUGGGAAGGUGGGGCAUAGGCAGGGGGAGUCUACGUUGGUGAAGGACAGUGCAGAUCUGGAGGAACUCCUCGUUGUCCCUGGUAGGAGAGGCACCCCCAGGCUGUCCUCGAUGCCGUCAGCUUUGGCCAUCUUCACCUGCCGCCCGAACUCGCACCCGUUUCAGGAGCGUCAUGUCUACCUGGACGAGCCCAUCAAAAUCGGCCGCUCGGUGGCCCGCUGCCGGCCGGCGCAGAAUAAUGCCACCUUUGACUGCAAAGUGCUAUCAAGGAACCAUGCUCUCGUCUGGUUCGAUCACAAGACCGGCAAGUUUUAUCUCCAAGACACUAAAAGUAGUAAUGGUACCUUUAUAAAUAGCCAGAGAUUGAGUCGAGGCUCCGAAGAAAGUCCACCAUGUGAAAUUCUUUCUGGAGACAUUAUUCAGUUUGGGGUAGAUGUGACGGAGAACACACGGAAAGUUACCCACGGGUGUAUUGUUUCCACAAUAAAACUUUUUCUACCAGAUGGUAUGGAAGCCCGGCUCCGCUCAGAUGUCAUCCAUGCCCCAUUACCAAGUCCUGUUGACAAAGUUGCUGCUAACACUCCAAGUAUGUACUCUCAGGAACUAUUCCAGCUUUCUCAGUAUCUUCAGGAGGCCUUACAUCGGGAACAGAUGUUGGAACAGAAGUUAGCUACGCUUCAGCGACUACUGGCCAUCACCCAAGAGGCUUCCGAUACCAGUUGGCAGGCUUUAAUAGAUGAAGAUAGGCUCUUAUCACGGUUAGAAGUUAUGGGAAACCAAUUGCAGGCAUGCUCCAAAAAUCAAACAGAAGAUAGUUUACGGAAGGAACUCAUAGCAUUGCAGGAAGAUAAACACAACUAUGAGACAACAGCCAAAGAGUCCUUGAGGCGAGUUCUUCAGGAGAAAAUUGAAGUUGUUAGAAAACUUUCAGAAGUUGAGCGAAGCCUGAGUAAUACUGAAGAUGAAUGUACACACCUGAAAGAAAUGAAUGAACGGACUCAGGAAGAGUUAAGAGAAUUAGCCAAUAAAUAUAAUGGAGCAGUUAAUGAAAUUAAAGAUCUAUCUGAUAAAUUAAAGGUAGCAGAAGGAAAACAAGAGGAAAUCCAACAGAAGGGACAGGCUGAGAAAAAAGAACUGCAGCAUAAGAUAGAUGAAAUGGAAGAAAAGGAACAGGAGCUGCAGGCAAAAAUAGAAGCUUUGCAAGCUGAUAAUGAUUUCACCAAUGAAAGGCUGACAGCUUUACAAGUACGGUUAGGACAUCUUCAGGAGAAAACUCUUAAAGAAUGCAGCAGCUUAGGGAUACAAGUUGAUGACUUCUUACCUAAAAUAAAUGGGAGCAGAGAAAAAGAGCACUUGCUUUCAAAGAGUGGCGGGGACUGCACUUUUAUUCAUCAAUUCAUAGAAUGCCAGAAGAAGCUGAUCGUCGAGGGGCAUCUAACCAAAGUGGUAGAAGAAACAAAGCUUGCAAAAGAAAACCAGUCAAGAGCAAAGGAAUCUGAUUUAUCCGAUACUCUGAGUCCGAGCAAGGAAAAAAGCAGUGACGACACUACGGACGCCCAGAUGGAUGAACAAGACCUAAAUGAACCUCUUGCUAAAGUGUCCCUAUUAAAAGAUGACUUGCAGGGUGCACAGUCAGAAAUUGAGGCAAAACAAGAAAUACAGCAUCUUCGCAAGGAAUUGAUCGAAGCCCAGGAGCUAGCUAGAGCAAGUAAACAAAAAUGCUUUGAACUUCAAGCUCUUUUGGAAGAAGAAAGAAAAGCCUAUCGAAGUCAAGUUGAGGAAUCCAGCAAACAGAUACAGGUUCUUCAAGCCCAGCUGCAGAGGUUACACAUGGAUAUUGAGAAUCUCCGGGAGGAGAAGGACAGUGAAAUCUCAAGUACUAGAGAUGAAUUGCUUAGUGCCCGGGAUGAAGUUUUGCUCCUUCAUCAAGCAGCAGAAAAGGCUGCUUCUGAGCGGGACACUGACAUUGCUUCUUUGCAAGAAGAGCUUAAGAAGGUGAGAGCCGAGCUUGAGCGGUGGCGGAAAGCAGCCUCGGAAUAUGAGAAAGAAGUCACGAGUCUGCAGAGCAGUUUCCAACUUCGCUGUCAGCAGUGUGAGGACCAGCAGAGAGAGGAAGCCACAAGGUUGCAAGGUGAACUGGAGAAGUUGCGAAAGGAAUGGAAUGUAUUGGAAACCGAAUGCCAUUCUCUAAAAAAGGAAAAUGUCUUGUUAUCCUCAGAACUGCAACGACAGGAAAAAGAAUUGCACAAGUAUGCAAGAACUCUCUUGGCCAGAAUAUUCUUAAAGAAAUUCAAGUAUGAAAAGACACAGACUGUACUCUCAGAACUGAAGUUGAAGUUUGAAAUGACUGAGCAGGAAAAGCAAUCAAUCACAGAUGAGCUCAAACAAUGUAAAGACAACCUGAAGCUGCUCCAAGAGAAAGGAAAUAAUAAUAAACCCUGGCCCUGGAUGCCCAUGUUGGCUGCCCUGGUUGCGGUGACAGCCAUCGUGCUGUACGUGCCAGGUCUGGCCAGAGCUUCUCCAUGAGAGCGUUCCUUGAGUCCGUACACCGUCUCCCUCUAGAAGCUGGCAUCACACUCAUGCUGGGGACAAACAGAACCAUUUUCUUCUUUUUUACCUCUUAAAACAACAGAAGUGCAAGAAUACAACUGUAGGGUCAUUGCUUUAAAUUAUAUAAAAUGUAUCUGUCUAUAAAGAAGAUAUAAAAUUGUGACUUAUUCUACUGUAAGCAAUAAUUUGCUUGCAAUUUUUCAUGUAAUUUUUAAAUUAGUAUGUUGAAAUUCUGAAUAUUAUGGUGGCCUAAAGUAGGCUUCUUGGUACACCAAAUUAUUUAUAACAUUUAAGUUUAUGGGUAUUUUACUCUGAAUUCUGAUGGCCAGAUAAUUCAUUUUUCUGAUUCGGUAACUACCCGAACCAAACAACCAGUACGUACAUGGGAAGAGAGGCCCUGUGUGCUCAGUGCCUAUCAGUUUGAAAUAUAUACACAUAUAUAUAUUUUUUACAUAUUUACGCCAUUUUUACUUAUUGUAAAACCACUGAGCUAUUGGGAACAAGACAUAGAGACAACUAUUUGUGUGGAUUUUUUUUUUUUAAGGAAAAAUACAUUUGAACAAUAUUCUGUUAGAGUAAUAAUUUGGGAAUAUGUGCACGCUUGUUUAGCCUUAAUGUGACUUGAAGAUGUGGAGGACAUCAGCUUUGAAAACUUUCCAUGAGAGUUGUGUAUUUUCUUGAGCAAACUAAAGUAUUUCUGGGAGCAAAAAACAGUAAUUACACAGUCUCAGUGCAGUCAACCAAACCAUUGAGUCAAUUGGAAUGUAAAUUAUUAAACCUCAUGUAUUUAAAGAGAUAUUUUCUUUAAAAGCCAACUUACUUUCUCAUAUACAGCAUUUUUAGAAAGCAUGAUUUUUUUUUCUAUCAUCUGUUCCUCCAAGCAUGUUUAAUUGAAGAAAGAAUAUCUCUUUAGAUAAGAUUUUACUGACUUAAUUUGGUUAUGAUAUUUUGGAGCUAAUUCAUGUGCAAGGUGGCUGUUGUGAUCUAUCAACAGAUAUCCUGGUUGAUUAUGCCAAUGGUUAUUUUCUUUUUAUUGCUGUUAAUUGGGACUUUCUGUCCAUAAGAAGCACUAUUCCCAACAUUAAUAGUGUUCCAUGCACAAAGAGGCACCUCAGCACUGCUUAAUAUUAUACAAUUCAAAACACAGACAUGACAGUUUCGCUAUGGUUUUGUGCAGCACCAUAGUUACGUCAGUAAAGUUUAUUUAGGUCAUAGUUAUAUCCUAAAGGAUCACAUAGUUAAAAUUUUCAGUCAGUGAAGAGUGAGAGGGAAUGUGAGUGAACUGGCUUGAAUGUUCUUUGGCAAUCCACAGGCCUAGCCAAAGAUUGACAUAGGAGUUUAGGGUAUAAUUUGCCUUGUAAUGUUUGGCAGUCAUUGUUUGUACUUUAAAAGCUAUAUUUUAAGCUAUUUGAGAUUGCUGUUGGGAGGAUCACUAGGUUUGUGGAGGAAUUAGUCACAAACAACUUGUAGAAAAUACUGUCAUGUAGCUCAUUUCAUCAUUUUCUGUUGCAGGAAGCCACUCCACCACAGAAUGCUAAUAUGCCAGUGGUACCCAGUACCUCUUGUAUAUAGGUUAUUGCAAAUAUUGUUCUGAAAUGCUUAACUUCAGAAUUACAUUUUUUAAAGUAAAUAAUUGUUUUAAAUCUAUUUUGUAAAGAUAUAAAGUACAAUAGAAUUUCUGGAGUACAGAUUAAACUAUUUGCACUAACACACGUGAUGUGCAUGAUUUAAUAAAAUAACUUUACUCUCCUUA